ACAAAAAUACAUUUCCUAACUAAUUUGACCACCACACACAUUUUCUCUCUCUCUCUCUCUCUCUCUCUCUCUCUCUCUCUACUUCAUGACUGCCCGCUCACGCCAACUCGCCGGCCGCGAAACCUCGCCGCCGCCGGCGACCGGAGCGCCGGGAGACUCCACUGCGCAAGUCGAGACCACUCUCGACUCCGAUUUCGUAGUGAUCCUCGCCGCGCUCCUCUGCGCACUAAUCUGCGUGCUCGGCCUGGUCGCCGUCGCGCGCUGCGCCUGGAUCCGCCGCAUCUCGGGGAGGAGCGCCGCCGCUGCACCGUCGGGGGCGGAAUCGAGGAGGUCGGCCAACAAAGGCCUAAAAAAAAAGGCUCUGAAAUCGCUACCGAAGCUGACGUACGGCGAGGACGAGAAGCAGUCGGAGAAGCUCACGGAAUGCGCCAUUUGCCUAGCGGAGUUCGCCGCCGGCGAGGAAAUCCGAGUGCUACCUCAGUGCGGCCAUGGAUUCCAUGUCGUGUGCAUCGAUACGUGGCUCGGAUCUCAUUCCUCCUGCCCGUCCUGCCGCCAGAUACUUGUGGUAGCGCGGUGCCAGAAGUGCGGCAACUUGCCUUCCGCCGCCGCCUCCGCCGGAGCUCCGAGCCAGCUAAGUGAAAUCCAUGUGAAUACAUUUUUACCGUAAUUUAAAUUACCGCUCAUUUUUAACUGUAGAGAGAUUUCACACACGCAAACGCAAGGAAGUCGGUUACAAUGAAUUUAAUUACAGCUUGCAAUCCUUUUAUUAUUAA